AUGAGUAUCAACGAGUGUCCCCUACUGCACAUUGAACUACUCAACCCCACUCAACCAGCUCCAUCUCCGGGUGAGUUGGAGACCUUCCCUCACAUCACAUUAAGUACCGAUAGUAUUGUGCACUUCGAGAAGCGCUCCAGAACUCCCCGACGAAGUGGUGCUCGCAGUGGUGCUCGGCUCUCCCGUUUCCGUACCCAACCAAUCACAAUUGCCGAGAUCUCCGAAAUCGAUGGGAAGGCAGAUGAGGAGAAGGUGAAGGCCUCCGAGGGAACAACCGCUGCAAAAAUGCUCUGCGGCAACUUUUCUGCUGAUGAAUGGUCGAUGUGGCACGGAGACACCGUCGUCAUCAUGAGCAAGGUCGAUCAAAUUGCCACAAACAAGUGGAAAUGGCAUCAACCAUCCGACCUAUCCCCUUUUUUGAAUCAGCACUACAAACGGUGGGCAAGCACGCCUCCAUUCUGGCGCCUCUAUCUCGUAGCUGCUCAAACUCAAAGCGAGCUCGACGGUGUCUGUGCCUAA